AUGUUAAAGGUGUGUGUAGCCAUGCCUAAUUUUAUAAUGCAUUGAAAUCAGAGAUGUUAUUAUAAUGUUGAUGAAGGGUUUUCUAUAAUCCUGUCCUCUUUCUGACUUCAGGACUACGAUGCCAUUAUCAAACUGGUAGAGACCCUGAACAACUUGCCCAUGUGCUUGGUGGCAGCCCAGCAGAAUAUCAAAUUUCACUACAUAUUUGCUUUAAACAGGUACCAUUGUUGCUCCAUUUGUGUAUUGCGCACAUAUUCUGUUUGACCGAUAGUCUUUCACAUUAUAUCAUAGAAGGAAAUAAUGUGUAUACAACACUAAAUGGGUUAAAGCCAACCCCCAUUUUAACACUUAAUUAGUGGGCUUGCUGAAAGCACACUACUGUUUUUCCCUAUCUUUAUGAUUUUAGACGGCUGAAGCAAGCACACAGAUUUUCUUCAAGAAUUGUACUAGUUGUCACACAACACUUUAACUUGCAGCACAACACAGGCUGUUAAUUCUCAGGAUUCCAUCUGUCAUAAUGUUUCCUAAUCUUUGACCUCCAGGAGGAAUCGUCCAGGUGACCGUGCCAAGGCCCUGGAAGUGAUUCUGCCCAUUGUGGAGUCAGGUGGCAGGGUGGCGUCGGACGUGCACUGCCUCUGUGGCCGUAUCUACAAAGACAUGUUCAUGAGCUCUGGCUUUAAAGACCAUCGCAGUCGAGACCAGGCCUGCUACUGGUGAGACACACCAUUACGGUGUCCAUAUUAGUACAGCCUUAGAGUCACAAGGAGUUGGUGUCAAAGGCACUCGGACUUGUCAGUCGUCCUAAUAUGCAAACCGUAUGCACAGCAUCCCUUCACUCACUCCAGUCAAGUCCUCCUUACUAGGGCUCUACAUCAGUCUAUGUUAUGUUAUCCCUUUGAGUUCCCUCCAUCCUUUCAGUUAUACUUUACUUGAAUCCUCUGUCAUAAAGGCUACAUAAUACUGUUAGAAUAAAGACAUAGCAGAUGGCAUAAACAGUCAUGACACCUGGUGUCAGGCUUAUGACAACUGACACAUCUGAUACUAUAUGAUACACUGUUAUUAAACAAAUCAUUGCUUAGGUCAGCUCAUUGACUAGGCAGCAAUAUGUAUUAAUUAAUUAAUCCAUUUUAAUCUCCAUUCAUGGAUUCUCCCCCAGGUACGGCAAAGCCUUCGAGACAGAGCCAACCCUUCACUCCAGCAUCAACAACAUUGUCCUCUUGAUGGCUGCCGGCCACGAAUUUGACACCUCCAUCGAGCUGCGCAAAAUAGGUACCUUGUUCUCACUGACACUCCACUGCCCUGAAUCAGUGGCCUGUCAAAGGGAACUGCUGUGUUUUGUUUGAUUGCUUAAGUAAACUACAAUUGCCUUAUAUUUUUAUCUAUGCCUGUGAUCAACCGCAGUGAGUGUGGGCUAAUUGUUGGUGCAGUUGUACUCCCUGCCAAUCACUAUCAUCAUUACUAACAGCCUGCAUAAGGACACUAAAUAAUUACACCCCUACAUUAUUUAUCAAUGCAUGCCACUGUUAUUCUAUUUGGGAUUCUGUGCCAUGUCAUGUCUCUUUUUGUUGUUUGUUACAUUUCGAUUCCAUACUGUUAGACUGAAACUAUAACUAUAUUAAUAAUAUUCUCACUAUCUAACCUGUGUCUGUCUGUCUGUUUGCGCCCAUCUGUGUGUGUGUGUUUGUUGUGUGUGUAUCCAGGCGUGACCCUGAGCAGCCUGCUGGGGAGGAAGGGCAGCUUGGAGAAGAUGCAGGACUACUGGGACGUAGGCUUCUACCUGGGAGCCAGCAUCCUGGCCAACGAACACAGGAAGGUCAUUGAGGCUUCAGAAAAACUCUACCGGCUCAAUGCACCCAUGUGGUGAGAGGAGUCACAGUUCAUCUUGUCAAAUCCUAUGGUCAUUGUCACUACAAACAUUCAAGACGGCACAAACAGAUCUGGGACUAGGCUAACAGUAGCAGGCAUUCUUGAUGUGAAAUAUAUGAGCAUAUUCUAACAGAUUCUUCAAUAACACUGAUGUUUAUAUGAACCUUGUUUUUGAGAUUGAUCUGAUUAGAAACCAGGAUGAGAGGGCACAUUUCAAAAUAUCCUGUUAAAGGGGCCCGCACAGGCAUCUAGAUUACCAUGUAAAAUAGACUUGUAUAUUUUUACCGAUUUUAGAAAUGCUUAGAAUUUGAGAAUUUUCUCUCAUGUCUAACUAUCAGUAAGGCUGAAAAGACAGGCUGAGUGUGCGGGGAGCUAAUAGGCUGAGUGGGGGGGAGCUCACCUUGACUGACAGUUCUUUGAAAUACUUUUGUCAAGCAACUUGGACAUAAUGAGCCGUUGUGCAGUGAGAUCAUGAAGUUAGCUAGCUAGUUCAUCUUGGACAAUUUCAGUUGAAACUGGGCAGGUUGAGGUCUGGGUACGCCUCAUAAAAUAUUUAUGUUGACUGCCAGACCAUGUUCAUAAACCAUGACUAUCAAUGAUGUCAAGAUCUCCCAUUUGGCAUGUCUCUUCUGUUGCAGUUUGCAGCAGCACUGACAGAUAUGUUGAUGUGACAACUGUGUCUGAGUUUUGAACGACACUCCCCCCCCCCCCCUUUUGUUCCAUGCUGGCUGAAGAACUAGCUAGCCAGUAACUAGCGAACACCAGACACAGAUGAAAGGGGAAAGUAUCUUUGCCAUAGAUGAAUGUCUUCCUCUCUCCCUCCCCUCCCGGAGGACCUGAGUCCUAGGACCUUGCCUCAGGACUACCUGGCCUGAUGACUCCUUGCUGUCCCCAGUACACCUGGUCGUGCUGCUGUUCCAGUUUCAACUCUUCUGCCUGCGGCUAUGGAACCCUGACCUGUUCACCGGUUGUGCUACCUUGUCCCAGACCUGCUGUUUUCAACUCUCUCUCUACCGCGCCUGCUAUUUCAACCUCUAAAUGCUAUGAAAAGACAAGUGACAUUUACUCCUGAUGUACUGACCUGUUGCAACCUCUACAACCACUGUGAUUAUUAUUUGACCCUGCUGGCCAUCUAUGAACGGUUUGAACAUCUUGGAGAAAAAUCUGGCCUUAAUGGCCAUGUACUGUUAUAAUCUCUACCCGGCACAGCCAGAAGGGGACUGGCCACCCCUCAGAACCUGGUUCCUCUCUAGGUUUCUUCCUAGGUUUCUGCCUUUCUAGGGAGUUUUUCCUAGCCACCAUGCUUCUACAUCUGCAUUGCUUGCUGUUUGGGGUUUUGGGCUGGGUUUCUGUAUAGCACUUUGAGACAUCUGCUGAUGUAAAAAGGGCUUUAUAAAUACAUUUGAUUGAUUGAUAGGAGAAACCUGUAAUUUGAUGUCACCCUGCAGUGGAAUUUUGGCAACAGUAGACUAGCUAGCUAUGUAAACCACACCCCUCUGCGAACACACCUUACAUUUUACAUUUACAUUUUAGUCAUUUAGCAGACGCCCUUAUCCAGAGCGACUUACAGUUAGUGAAUACAUUAUUAUUUUUUUAUACUGGCCCCCCGUGGGAAUCGAACCCACAACCCUGGCGUUGCAAACGCCAUGCUCUAUCAACUGAGCUACAUCCCUGCCGGCCAUUCCCUCCCCUACCCUGGACGACGCUGGGCCAAUUGUGCGCCGCCCAUGAGUCUCCCGGUCGCGGCCGGCUGCGACAGAGCCUGGAUUCGAACCAGGAUCUCUAGUGGCACAGUUAGCACUGCGAAGCAGUGCCUUAGACCACUUACGAGGCGGUACUUAUUUAAAUUAGGUAAGAGAAUAAGUUAACCAUUGGUGUAUUAAAAUGAGGGCUUUGUGAUGUCACACGAAGCCCUAAAUAAUCCCGCCAUCUGAAUUCAAGUUUUUGACAUGGGGAGGGGACCAGUAACUUUAUGAUCAGACUUGAUCAAUAUACCAGCAACAGCCAUUUUUCAUACUUUGGUCAUCCUACUUUGAUCUGGUUUCAUCCAUUUGAUGAAAAACUUGAUUUUGACUAUGCGGGACCUUUAAUGUUAAAUAUACUGUCCAUUUAGAGGACCCCUUUCCCCUAAGCAAAAGUUUGGUAUGGCCUCUUUAAGGUCAAUGUUUUGAACUUUAUUUUGAUAUUCAAAUACUUAUUUGCAUCUUUCUUUUGAGGUAUGUGGGCUCGAUCAUGGAGACGUACAUCUUGUACCGUCAGUUCACCAAGCCCCCAGAGGUGAAACCUGCUAAACAGGAGACUGUGGACUUCUGGAUGGAGCUGAUGCUGCAAGCCUGCAAGCCCACUGUUUCCACUGACCGCUGCCCAGUAAGACCUCACCACAGCUCCCAGUACAUUCAGCUUUAUUUAGUUAGAGCAUAGCAGCAUGUUGCUAAGACACUCUGUCAGACUCCACCACUCCCAGUACUCCCAGUUCCUCAAACCCACAUUGCUUUGUGAGACCUCAAUAGAUUCUCUCUGUCUAGUAUAUAACAGUUCUGGGCGUUCAAAUGCAGUGCAGUAAAAAACAUUUGCUUUAACAUGGAUUUAACUGCACCGUCAGGGGCCUAUUUUACAUUACAUGGUUAGAUAAUUGUAACAAUGUACAGUACCUUUCUGCAGCAAAAGUAUUUGGAAAAGUAACCUUUUAAUGCCAAGAACUGUUAUCACCAUUAACCAUUGCCGUUCCUCAGGUUCUGAUCCUGGAGCCGACCAAAGUGUUGCAGCCCACCAUAGUGUGUGUGAGUGAGGAGGAUGACAGCUGCACGGUUCAGCUCCACCACAUCACACCCCUAAAGGUACAGACCAUGUUUGGCAUGACAAUGACCAUAAGAGUUGGCUAUACAGCACAAGCAGAUCUGGGACCAGCUAUUUAACUACUGAGUUAUACUGUACAGGUCUACAGUUUUCAACCUAUCAAGACAUUAAAAGUGGUUAAACAGGAAUGGUGUGAGACAGAAUGGUGUAUUUAACCAGAAUAGGCGUGGAGUGUUUUCAUAACAGCACCACGUCGGUGAGGGGAAAGAAGAUAUGCCUCAUCGCCUGAGGAGGGUACGUGUGCGCCUGCGUGUGUGUGCAGGCGCGUGCAUACUUUGUGUGUUUAGACUGUUGAGUGAGCAUUUUGAACAGUCUGCCAUGUCUUCCCUUCCAUAGAAAGGCCAGAAAGCCCAGUGGACUUUCCCAGCCUCGCAAAUCCGGGGAGUGAGGUACGGUAACAGACAGUACAGAGUGUGCUAACAUUUCUAGGCUAAGUUCCUGGCCCUGUGAUGCAUGUCGUGUUCAGGCCUGCAGCCCAUACACAUCACCAGGGCUAGUCUAACAGACCUAAGUUCAAAUACUAUUUGAAAUCUUUCAGCGUUUGCUUUAGCCUGCCUGGACUUCCAGAUGGGCGGAGUUUGCAGGUUUGCGACUACUCUAUUGGUUCCAUUGUGCCAGGCAAGCUCAAUCAAGCCCAGCUAAAGGAUUUGAAAGGAUUUCAAAUAGUAUUUGAAUGCAGCUUGAUGUCUACUGAGUCUAUACACUUUAACUGUCUGGUGGACUUGGCCACUGGCCAUCAGGGCGUCUUUGUCUGUGCUGUUUUCAAAGACUGUGACUGGAUGUGUGUGUGUGUGUGUGUGUGUGUGUGUGUGUGUGUGUGUGUGUGUGUGUGUGUGUGUGUGUGUGUGUGUGGUGUGUGUGUGUGUGGUGUGUGUGUGUGUGUGUGUGUGUGUGUGUGUGUGUGUGUGUGUGUGUGUCAGUGUCUGUUUGGCUGUGGAUCAAUAUCACUGUGUGCUUUACCCUUGUUUUGCCUACCGAACUGCCUCCAGGGCAGUUUCCUUUCAGUUUAUAUUUGCAACACUAUCACCUGGUGGCUUCAAACGUAUCAGUAUUUCAACUCUACACGAGAUAGAAAGAAAACGUUAUUCUCUGAAUUGGAGUGCCCCAUAUUGAAUGUGUUAUUAUGGGCUUUUCUUGUCCUUAUUUAUAUUCCCUUAACUUUGUUUGCCUGCAUUGGUAUUUUGAGUAUACUUGUUGUUAUUACAUUGUGAUGCCGCUGUCAGCUUUGAAGUGUUGAGUAGUUCCUAAUCCCCCACUUUAACCUUUUGACCUGUUCAGUGUUUCAAAGUUUGACGAACGUAGCUGCUUCCUGUAUGUCCUGGAGAACUCAGAUGACUUCCAACUCUGCUUUCCCAGCGAGCUGCACUGUAAAGGGUGAGUCACACACACUUGCACAUACACACACACACACACACACACACACACACACACACACACACACACACACACACACACACACACACAGCUGUCUAGCAGGAAGGGCUGUAACAACCAACCAUAUCAACCUUUGAUUCAUUCUUCACAUAAAACAUACAGAUUGGGCCUGUUCAUUCAACCAUUAUCACAUUAUUGGAUUGUGUUGACAUGACAACUCUGUUAAUGUUUAUUUUACUCUGGCGUAGUGAAAAUAGAGCCUGCUUCACACUCCCCUUUCUGUGUGGAUUAAUAGAUGUGUGAAUUUUACAUUGUGUGCUAAUACAGUACAUUAUUAGGUAGGUGUUGUGUAUUGGGAUACAGUCAAUUCCAAGACUUUCUGAGAAGGAAGGAAAUAGGAAGUGGUUUUCAUAGUAGUAUUUGCGGAAUCAGUGAAAGGCAAAUAACUUGCAAUCAAAAGGUCACCUUAAUACGUCAUGACAUAUAAGUUGAUAACAGUGCUGUGUACUGAAUUUGAUUGUGUGUGUUUCAGCAGGUCUUAUCUCUGAUUAUCCUGUGAGGUCCAUGAAUAUAUGACUCUGACUGAGAUGUGAGAUGCUCACAUGUAUUUGAACAGUUUUUCUAUAUGAUUUAGUUUCUUGUGUGUGCUAUUGCUCCAUCAGGUUCUGUGAGCUGGUCAACUCUCUCCUAAGCCAGGCAGAAGCCCCAGUGGAGUACCCCAGCGAGCUCACUGGAGGAUUACUGGAGGUCAGCUAGGUUUCUUUCUCAAUUAAUCUUUCCUUGAUUUCCUCUCUUCUUGCCUCCUUCUGAAAACGCAUUGGAAAGGUUCGGGGGGAGAGACAUUGGACCUUCUCCUCCAAUACAGUUGAAAAGGAGGUGAGGAGAAAGGAUUCAAGGAAUUGCGGAGAGACAAAUUGAGAGAGGGCCGUAGAAUCCUAGAAUCCUCCCUCUCGAGGCUGCUUUUCUAUUUUUGACCCCCCCUUCUACCCUACCAGUACACAAACAAGCCCUGUCAUGAUGGGGUCAAAAGGUGAAAUGUUUCCCUUAACCGUUGCCCAAGUAGUGAUAUGUUUACCGUAUUCCCGACCCCUCAUUUUUGUCUGUGUUAAGUUCCUGGUAUUCACAGAACAUUGGACUCAUUCCAGCAGACCUGGGUUCAAAUACUAUUUGAAAUAAUUUCAAAUAGUAUUUCAGUUCACUUUAGUUCAGAGCAGCAGAAGGUCUCUAAAUGAACAUUGUUCCAUCGCUUUGCGCUCUCACUCAACGUUUUCUGUUGUGGUUGCUUGUGACAUUCUUUGCAAUAUUUCUAACCCACACACUCUCUAAAACACAUUUUCAAUGACACACACACACAUUUAGUUUCACACCCAUCUUCCUGUUGAAUGAAACCUUCUCCCUUACCUCCUGCAGUUUAUCUAUGAGACCAGCGAAAAUGGAGAGAAGGUGGUUCUGGGUAAAGGAACCUAUGGCGUGGUGUAUGCUGGGAGGGACCUGAGCAACCAAGUCCGCAUCGCCAUAAAGGAGAUCCCAGAGAAAGACAGCACGUAUGGAAAACACAUUUCCCCUUCUUUUUUUUUUGCCUGGUCCCAGAUCUGUUUUUGCUGUUUUGUCAAAGAAUGACCAUAGUUGUUCACACGACAGCACAAACAGAUCUGUGACCAGGCUACAUUUCUUUGCACAUUAUACCGUAAAUCCGAAUUAUUAUUUUAGCCUAAUACGCAUAAUAUAUUAUACAAUUGUGAGCGAAACGAUGAAAAUGAUGAAUGUACAGAUGUUUUCCUCAGCAUGCCAAAUGUGUAAUGUUUCUCUGUGGAGGAAAACAAUUUGUCCAGUGUCCCCAUAGCUCUACACUGGAAUCUACUCCCUGAAGAGAUGGAUGUCUAUUUAGAUUUUUCCCAUUCCUUGUUUACGAGCCUUCGACCUCGACUAAGACCUUAGCCCCAUAGUUGAAGAAAUGUUAGUACUUACGGGUGCUUGUAAAGCUCUCAUCAUAUUCAUACAGUAUAUAUGGGUCACAGCUACACCAUGUCAAUGUCAGCACAACUGCAAGAUUAGAGUGUGUGAAUUUUAUGUUGUUUUUCAAUGACAGCACAGCUAGCGCUAACAUCGUUUAUGUUUUGUAGCAAUGUUGUUAUAAUGGCAGAUGUACACUGUCCCAUUUGCUAAUGUGCUAAUGCUAUGCUAAUCUAGUGCCAAUGCUAACUGUUGGUUUUCUCACCAUCUCUGUGUGAAUCUCAGUUACUCCCAGCCUCUGCAUGAGGAGAUGGCUCUGCACAAGAGGCUGAAGCACAGGAACAUCGUUCAGUACCUGGGCUCUCUGAGUCAGGACGGCUUCAUCAAGAUCUUUAUGGAGGAGGUUCCUGGAGGUACAGAGCAUAGAAAUAGAAUCUAUUUCAAAUAUAUUCUAGAUUAAAUCUCAUUCUGUUUCUAUUGUCCCAUAAACCAGGUCACAUUGAACCAGUUUAUUCAGUGUUCAAAUUUCAACUUUUGUGCCUCUCUCUACUACAAAUGAUUUGUCUGUCUUUCAGUCUUUCUCUCUAUCACUCCUUCACUCAGUAUGUACAGUAUUCAUUCACUCUCUCACUAACAGAAGUUUUGCUAAUCUUAUACUGUCCUUUUUUAACUUUUAAACUGCCAUAUAGCUAAUGGUUUCAGUAUUCAGUUUGUGUGUCUCUCUACUACUCAUUCGCCUUUCAUUCUCUCUCCACCACUCACACACUCUGGUACUGUAUUCACUCAUUCUCUCUCCACCACUCACACACUCUGGUACUGUAUUCACUCAUUCUCUCUCCACCACUCACACAGUCUGGUACUGUAUUCACUCAUUCUCUCUCCACCACUCACACACUGGUACUGUAUUCACUCAUUCUCUCUCCACCACUCACACACUCUGGUACUGUAUUCACUCAUUCUCUCUCCACCACUCACACAGUCUGGUACUGUAUUCACUCAUUCUCUCUCCACCACUCACACAGUCUGGUACUGUAUUCACUCAUUCUCUCUCCACCACUCACACAGUCUGGUACUGUAUUCACUCAUUCUCUCUCCACCACUCACACAGUCUGGUACUGUAUUCACUCAUUCUCUCUCCACCACUCACACAGUCUGGUACUGUAUUCACUCAUUCUCUCUCCACCACUCACACAGUCUGGUACUGUAUUCACUCAUUCUCUCUCCACCACUCACACACUCUGGUACUGUAUUCACUCAUUCUCUCUCCACCACUCACACAGUCUGGUACUGUAUUCACUCAUUCUCUCUCCACCACUCACACAGUCUGGUACUGUAUUCACUCAUUCUCUCUCCACCACUCACACAGUCUGGUACUGUAUUCACUCAUUCUCUCUCCACCACUCACACACUCUGGUACUGUAUUCACUCAUUCUCUCUCCACCACUCACACACUCUGGUACUGUAUUCACUCAUUCUCUCUCCACCACUCACACAGUCUGGUACUGUAUUCACUCAUUCUCUCUCCACCACUCACACAGUCUGGUACUGUAUUCACUCAUUCUCUCUCCACCACUCACACAGUCUGGUACUGUAUUCACUCAUUCUCUCUCCACCACUCACACAGUCUGGUACUGUAUUCACUCAUUCUCUCUCCACCACUCACACACUCUGGUACUGUAUUCAGGACAGCGGAGUCACUCACCACCUUCCGGAGACAUUUGAAACCCCACCUCUUUAAGGAAUACCUGGGAUAGGAUAAAGUAAUCCUUCUACCCCCCCCCCCCCCCCCAAACAUUGUAAAGUGGUUAUCCCACUGCCUAUAGGGUGAAUGCACCAAUUUGUGAGUCGCUCUGUUUAAGAGCGUCUGCUAAAUGACGUAAAUGUGCCCUUGAGCAAGGCACUUAACCCUAAUUGCUCCUGUAAGUCGCUCUGGAUAAGAGCGUCUGCUAAAUGACUAAAAUGUAAAUGUAAAUGUAAAUGUAUUCACUCAUUCUCUCUCCACCACUCACACACUCUGGUACUGUAUUCACUCAUUCUCUCUCCACCACUCACACAGUCUGGUACUGUAUUCACUCAUUCUCUCUCCACCACUCACACAGUCUGGUACUGUAUUCACUCAUUCUCUCUCCACCACUCACACACUCUGGUACUGUAUUCACUCAUUCUCUCUCCACCACUCACACAGUCUGGUACUGUAUUCACUCAUUCUCUCUCCACCACUCACACAGUCUGGUACUGUAUUCACUCAUUCUCUCUCCACCACUCACACACUCUGGUACUGUAUUCACUCAUUCUCGCAUCAAUACUUUCAGUAUUGCUCAUCUUUCUCUGCUCCCCUAAAUAUGAAACUGUCAUUCAAAUCAAAUGUUAUUUGUCACGUGCAAUACAAUAGGUGUAGACUUUACUGUGAAAUGCUUACUUACAAGCCUUUUCCUAACAAUGCAGAGUAAAAAAUAAGAAAUAAAAGGAAAUGGCCAAAAAAAGGAAAUUGUAACACAAUUAAAUUAUAAUAAAGUAUUUAGUCAGCCACCAAUUGUGCAAGUUCUCCCACUUAAAAAGAUGAGAGAGGCCUGUAAUUUUCAUCAUAGGUACAUGUCAACUAUGACAGACAAAUUGAGAAAAGAAAAUCCAGAAAAACACAUUGUAGGAUUUUUAAUUAAUAUAUUUGCAAAUUAUAGUGGAAAAUAAGUAUUUGGUCACCUACAAACAAGCAAGAUUUCUGGCUCUCACAGACCUGUAACUUCUUCUUUAAGAGGCUCCUCUGUCCUCCACUCAUUACCUGUAUUAAUGGCACCUGUUUGAACUUGUUAUCAGUAUAAAAGACACCUGUCAUUGUCCUGUUAUCAGUAUAAAAGACAUACAGUCACACUCCAACCUCCACUAUGGCCAAAACCAAAGAGCUGUCAAAGGACACCAGAAACAAAAUUGUAGACCUGCACCAGGCUGGGAAGACUGAAUCUGCAAUAGGUAAGCAGCUUGGUUUGAAGAAAUCAACUGUGGGAGCAAUUAUUAGGAAAUGGAAGACAUACAAGACCACUGAUAAUCUCCCUCGAUCUGGGGCUCCACGCAAGAUCUCACCCCGUGGGGUCAAAAUGAUCACAAGAAAUUUGAGCAAAAAUCCCAGAACCACUCGGGGGGACCUAGUGAAUGACCUGCAGAGAGCUGGGACCAAUGUAACAAAGCCUACCAUCAGUAACACACUACGCCGCCAGGGACUCAAAUCCUGCAGUGCCAGACGUGUCCCCCUGCUUAAGCCAGUACAUGUCCAGGCCCGUCUGAAGUUUGCUAGAGUGCAUUUGGAUGAUCCAGAAGAGGAUUGGGAGAAUGUCAUAUGGUCAGAUGAAACCAAAAUAGAACUUUUUGGUAAAAACUCAACUCGUCGUGUUUGGAGGACAAAGAAUGCUGAGUUGCAUCCAAAGAACACCAUACCUACUGUGAAGCAUGGGGGUGGAAACAUCAUGCUUUGGGGCUGUUUUUCUGCAAAGGGACCAGGACGACUGAUCCGUGUAAAGGAAAGAAUGAAUGGGGCCAUGUAUCGUGAGAUUUUGAGUGAAAACCUCCUUCCAUCAGCAAGGGCAUUGAAGAUGAAACGUGGCUGGGUCUUUCAGCAUGACAAUGAUCCCAAACACACCGCCCGGGCAACGAAGGAGUGGCUUCGUAAGAAGCAUUUCAAGGUCCUGGAGUGGCCUAGCCAGUCUCCAGAUCUCAACCCCAUAGAAAAUCUUUGGAGGGAGUUGAAAGUCCGUGUUGCCCAGCGACAGCCCCAAAACAUCACUGCUCUAGAGGAGAUCUGCAUGGAGGAAUGGGCCAAAAUACCAGCAACAGUGUGUAAAAACCAUGUGAAGAUUUACAGAAAACGUUUGACCUGUGUCAUUGCCAACAAAGGGUAUAUAACAAAGUAUUGAGAAACUUUUGUUAUUGACCAAAUACUAAUUUGCAAAUAAAUUCAUAAAAAAUCCUACAAUGUGAUAUUCUGGAUUUUUUUCUUCUCAUUUUGGCUGUCAUAGUUGACGUGUACCUAUGAUGAAAAUUUACAGGCCUCUCUCAUCUUUUUAAGUGGGAGAACUUGCACACUUGGUGGCUGACUAAAUACUUUUUUCCCCCACUGUCCAAGAAGUACCAGUACUGAGCCAAUGUGCAGGGGUAUGAAGUAGUUGAGGUAAUAUGUACAUGUAGGUAGGGAUAAAAGUGACUAGGCAAUCAGGAUAGAUAAUAAACAGAGUAGCAGCAGCGUGUGUGUCUGUGAGUGUGUGUGGCGUCAAUAUGUGUGUGUGUGUGCGCGUGUGUGUUUGUGGGAGUGUCAGUGUAGUAUGCGUGAGUCUGUGGGUAGAGGCCAGUGAGUGUGCAGAGAGCCAGUGCAAGAAUGUCAGUGCAAAAAAAAACAAAAAAAUGGGGGUCAAUGCAUUCGGAAAGUUUUCAGACCCCUUGACUUUUCCACAUUUUGUUACAUGACAGCCUUAUUCUAAAAUUGAUUUUAAAAAAUCAAACAAAAAAAAAACAUCUCAAUCUACACACACUACCCCAUAAUGAAAAGGCGAAAACAUGUUUUUUUUGUGCAAAUUUAUUACAAAUAAAAAACGGAAAUACCUUAUUUACAUAGGUAUUCAGACCCUUUUCUAUGACACUCGAAAUUGAUCUCCGGUGCAUCCUGUUUCCAUUGAUCAUCAUUGAGAUGUUUCUACAACUGGAUUGGAGUCCACCUGUGGUAAAGUCAGUUGAUUGGACAUGAUUUGGACAGGCACAUACCUGUCUAGAUAAGGUCCCACAGUUGACAGUGCAUGUCAGAACAAAAACCAAGCCAUGAAGUCGAAGGAAUUGUCUGUAGAGCUCCGAGACAGGAUCGUGUUGAGGCACAGAUCUGGGGAAGGGUACCAAAAAAUGUCUGCAGCAUUGAAGGUCCCCAAGAACACAGUGGCCUCCAUAAUUCUUAAAUGGAAGAAGUUUGGAACCACCAAGACUCUUCCUAGAGCUGGCCGCCCGGGCAAACUGAGCAAUUGGGGGAGAAGGGCCUUGGUCAGGAAGGCGACCAAGAACCCGAUGGUCACUCUGGCAGAGCUCCAGAGUUCCUCUGUGGAGAUGGGAGAACCUUCCAGGAGGACAACCAUCUCUGCAGCACUCCACCAAUCAGGCCUUUAUGGUAGAGUGGCCAGACGGAAGCCACUCCUCAGUAAUGCACAUGACAGCCCGCUUGGAGUUUGCCAAAAGGCACCUAAAGGACUCUGACCAUGAGAAACAAGAUUCUCUGGACUGAUGAAACCAAGAUUGAUCUCUUUGGCCUGAAUGCCAAGCGUCACGUCUGUUUUUCAGCGGCAGGGACUGGGAGAAUAGUCAGGAUCGAGGGAAAGAUGAACGGAGCAAAGUACAGCGAGAUCCUUGAUGAAAACCUGCUCCAGAGCACUCGGGACCUUAGACUGGGGUGAAGCUUCACCUUCCAACAGGACAACGACCUUAAACUCACAGCCAAGACAAUGCAGGAGUGGCUUCGGACAAGUCUCUGAAUGUCCUUAAGUGGCCCAGCAGGAGCCCAGACUUGAACCUGAUCUCUGGAAAGACCUGUAAAUAGCUGUGCAGUGACACUCCCCAUCCAACCUGACAGAGCUUGAGAGGAUCUGCAGAGAAGAAUGGGAGAAACUCCCCAAAUACAGGUGUGCCAAGCUUGUAGCGUCAUACGUACCCAAGAAGACUCGAGGCAGUAAUCGCUGCCAAAGGUGCUUCAACAAAGUACUGAGUAAAGGGUCUGAAUAGUUAUGUAAAUAUAAUAUUUCCGUUUGUAUUUUUAAUACAUUUGCUAACAUUUCUAAAACCUGUUUUUGCUUUGUCCUUAUGGGGUACUGUGUGUAGAUUUAUGACGAAAAAUCUAUUUAAUCAAUUUUAGAAUAAGGCUGUAACAUAACAAAGUGGAAAACGUCAAGGGGUCUGAAUACUUUCCGAAUGCACUAUAAAUAGUCUGGGUAGCCAUUUGAGUAACUGUUCAGCAGUCUUAUGGCUUGGGUGUAGAAGCUGUUCAGGAGCCUUUUGGUCCCAGACUUGGUGUUCCGUUACCGCUUGCAGUGCAGUAGCAGAGAGAAGCCAAAUAUUUUCAGCCUCCUGAGGGGGAAGAGGCGUUGUCAUUACACCUAUGUUGGGAAGCAUCACUGACUCAGUAUGGAGCAAUCACAUAAGUGGGAAUAAAAAGGAGGGGAUAGCAUUCACAUGUUAUCAUUAUGAAAAGGACGGCACAAAUCACACCCUACAAUUUCAGCUACAUGCGUUUGUGAAGGGUUAGUGAAAACCACCAUAAUGUUACGAAAUGAUCGUAUUUUAGUUUCUAGGAAGUCUGUGUCUGGAGGUCUUUUUGGUGUUUGUGUGUCUGCGUGUUUGUGUGUGUGUGUGUGUGUGUGUGUGUGUGUGUGUGUGUCUAAUUCAGUGCAAUAGCUACAGGCAGGAUAUCACACAGGAAGUGUGGGUGUUUCCAGUAUCCCAACAAUUGAGAAAAAUGGAUUUCACAAUACAAUGAAGUCACUGAUAUACCAGUGUUAUAAAAAGUGAAAAUACUUCAGACAUCUUAUCAUUGUGAAUAUCCUGGGCCUUGUUUCCCAGAGCCUUCAUAGCGCUAAGAUCAUCGUUAGAACCUUCUUACGAUGUAUCUUUAUAAGCCGAGGUGUUUCCCAGAGCCUUCGUUAGUAAUGUGGCACAUCUAGUGAUUCAGACCACUCGUAGAGCAGCCAAAGUGCAUCGUUCGAUGCUUUUUUGCCCUUUCGCAUCACUUUAUUAUUUGCUAAAGAUCUUGAAGAUCUUUGCUAAACAUAGAAUCAAGAUGUUUAUGCUAUCUGUCUGACUGGGACUGCCGAUAUCCUCAGAACCAAGAUGACUACAAAUACAAAGUUGCCAAAGUAUUUGCAAUUGUUACAAACAAGUGAAGAAUAAAAGUAUGCAUCGAAUGAAAACCGAGAUGACUGCAUUAAAAGAUACAUAGCCUACAUAGGCUAUUUCAAUCAUAUUGAAAUCAAUGUCAUGUUAAAUCAAUUGAGUUCUAUUUUGCGUCUAGGAUAUUGUCUGUCAUUUUUGCUUCAAAGUGUUUCAUGAUGUGUGACAACAUGUGCUCAAUGAUGUGCCCAAUCGGUGAUUUAGUGAAUUAUUAUUGGGUAAGCAUAAUAAGCCGCCUCAAUAGCCAAUUUGCAGCCGUAGGUGGUAAUAUUUCUCUAGGAGCUGAUCCUUGGUCAGUAUUGUGGAAUCAUUCUAAUGUUAAGAUUUGAAUGGAGAAAUCUGUUCCGAAAGCAGCGGUGCUUUUCUUUCGAUCCUAUCACUAUCGACACGUGGUAUAACGACGCACUAAGUUGUUUGGGAAACACUGUCAUUGGCUCGUAAAUAACGAUGCAUCUGGUACGUCAUCGUAAUGCUUAAGUUACAUUGCAACUGGGAAAUGAGGCCCAGAGGUGUUGCAAAUCCUAAAUUGAAUCCCUUGCAUAUCUAACCGUAACCCAUUCCAAUGUCAUCUCUCCCAUGUAGGAAGCUUGUCCUCUCUCCUGCGUUCCAAAUGGGGACCCCUGAAAGACAAUGAGGCCACCAUCAUUUUCUACACCAAGCAGAUCCUGGAAGGGCUUAAGUAUCUCCAUGACAACCAGAUAGUCCACAGAGACAUCAAGGUGAGGUGUCAGCAAGAUUACCAUUUGUUGUUGUUGCUAAAUAAAUGUUCAAAAAAGUACCAAUGCCACAGCAGAUUUUUAUUCACAUUGUCAGAGCUGGGUCGUGUUCAUUAGGGACCAAACGGCAGAAAACUGAGUGAAACAGGGAGGGACUUCCUGGACUUAAGAAACACUCCUUUUUGUUUUCCAUUUCAAAUCGUUUUGCUACGUUGUGCCCUACUGAGCAUGACCCUGGUGUAUGUUGCUUACCCAACUACAAAUGUGUUACCAUGUUUUGUGCAGAAAGUGUAUCAAGUGUAAGAAACUAGUCAUUUCCUCACAGGGUGACAACGUGCUGAUUAACACCUACAGUGGUGUUCUGAAGAUCUCUGACUUUGGCACCUCGAAACGACUGGCGGGAAUCAACCCCUGCACAGAGACCUUUACAGGUUUGUGGGGGUGUGUGUGUGGGUGGGUGUGUUUUGAAGCUUUUGUAUGAGUGUGGUUGAGUAUGUGGCCAUGCUUUUUGCAUAUGAACAUUAUAUUUCACUUUGUUGGUAUGAAUAUUAUUUACAUGUGUUGCCUACAUGUUUGUGGAGGCAGGUGUCUAAAUGUCUCUGUGGUGUUGUAGGGACCCUGCAGUACAUGGCUCCAGAGAUCAUCGACCAGGGCCCGCGGGGUUAUGGGAAGCCUGCAGACAUCUGGUCCUUGGGCUGUACCAUCAUAGAGAUGGCCACAGGGAAACCACCCUUCCACGAGCUGGGCAGCCCACAGGCAGCAAUGUUCAAGGUAAUCUUUCUCUUAGAAACCAAAAGGUUUGGUAAUUAGUAUGUUAUUACAUUGUAGCCUAUACCUUGUAAGGUACCUCUGAAUACUAGGUAAAUACUGGACUGUAAAGAAUUUUACCAGCUGAAACCAGGGUUGUGUUCAUAAAGCAUCAAACUGAAGACAGACUGAAACAGAUAGGGUCUACCUGAACUUGUCCAAUAAGAAACUCAGUUUCCGUUGCAAAACGUUUUUUACGUUGCAUGCCCUACUGAACAUAACCCUGAAGUGUACGUACUCUGUUCCCGUCUCCCUCUAGGUUGGUAUGUUCAAGAUCCACCCGGAGGUGCCGGAGUGUAUGUCAGGUGAGGCCAAAGGCUGCAUCAUGAGCUGCUUCACCCCGGACCCAGACAACAGAGCCACGGCCUCUGAGCUGCUCAAGGACUCCUUCCUCAAGUCCACCUCCCGGAGGAAGGCCAAGCCCCAGCCUGACACACUGCCUACGGAUGCUGGUGAAUCAUCAUUGUUAUAGUUAUAGAUUCAUGUUAUUUUAAUCACCAUUAUCAUCAUAGUUAUCGUCAUCAUCAUUUUUAUAGUCAUCAUUAUCAUCAUCAAUCAUCAUCAGUGCCAGAGUCUGGUCUUGUGGUAGCACUGCCUACUCCGGACCACAUACCACCCGACGAUGGGAACGCACGCCCUUUCUUGGCCACUCCUAUUUGUGCCCUCUACUAUGUCUAUCUGUCUAUCUGUCUAUCUGUCUAUGUCUCUCUGUCUAUCUGUCUAUCCGUCUCUGCUUCUUUUAAAAAUACAUAUAAAAUACAAAACGGGAUCUGAAUUUCGAUCUCCUUUUAAAAAAGGAAAAAAAGAAUAAUCAUCAUUAUAGUUUCAAUCGCCAGACUUAUUAUUCAUUAUUUUCAUAAUUGUCAGAAAUAUUAAUUAUUAUUGCCCUUGUCUGUGUAUUGUCUUCCUAAUUCAGAAACGCUAUGAUCAUCGCCAUUUCCGUCACCAUUACGGUGCUAAUGACUCUGCCCUGCUUUGUGUCCUGUAGGUGACAUCUACCAGCGGAGUAUGUCUGUCCCAGUGUCUAUACGUGUGACAGAUACAGACAGGGACGCUGACAGGAUGGACCUGUCGUGCUCCUGGGACCUCCGGAGGACUAUCUCUCCCCUCAGAGGAAAUUACAUCACAGAGAGCCAACCCAGCACCAGAGGCUUCCUGCCGUGAGUCAAAACAUGCUAUACCCUCUGGUUCCCAAUUUAAUUACAUCAGAUUUGUGAAACAACUUCAUUGUAGAUCAUUGCCUUACUGUAAAUGCAAUCUAAUGCAAUAGAUAACCUAAAUUGUCAGAGAAAUCCAGCUUCCACCAUAUUGUCUUAUUUUCCAAUCACUGCAGAUAGAAGGGAGGAGUAGAGGAGAGGUCAGAUUUUCAACCAAUUGAGAUAGAGCCCAUGCUAUAUAUUGCCAAGACCAUAUUUGUAUGGCAGAAUGUUUUAUCUCAGUGACAUUGGUGUCUCUCUGUCUCCCCCUUGUGGUGGCCAGGGUGUCAGAGGAGCCCAGUACUGUGGACAUGACGGCUAGUCCAGCCACGUCAGGGGAGAACCUGGGCCUGUUCCUACUGAGGAAGGACAGCGAGAGGAGGGCCACACUGCACAGGAUCCUCACUGAGUACAUCACCGACGUGGUGCACAACAUCCAGAAUACAUUACCUCAGGUAGAGAGAGAGAGAGAGAGAGAGAGAUCUUGGUCUGUAUGUAUCAAGAGUGUCAGAGUAGGAGUACUGUUCGAGGAUCAGUUUGGCCUUUUAGAUCAUAAUAAAUAAGACCGGAUGGACCUGAUCUUAGAUCAGUACUUCUACUCUUUGACGCUUUUUGAAUAUGGGCCCAGAGAAGUAUCUAUCCCUUAUUGAGAUACAGUCAACUCCUGAUAAAUGCAAUGGCUUAGGAUUGUUAUGAGGGCAUGCACUCAACCGAUCGGAGCAUGCCUAAAGACAAUGUAUGGUGAAAUAAUAAUAAUAAUAUAUGCCAUUUAGCAGACUUAAAGUCAUGCGCACAUACAUUUUACGUAUGGGUGGUCCCGGGAAAGCGAACACACUACCCUGGCGUUAUAAGCACCAAUGCUCUACCAACUGAGCUACAAAGGACCACAAGGCACUUAGACUGAGUAUACCCUUAUCAGGUGUUUGCUGUACAUGUUAGGUGUGAAAUAAUGAGUGUUUGUCUACAUUUGACAUUUGUAGGUUUCUUUGCCUAUAAUCCUUUUAUAAUGUUUCCUCUCUCCUUGCCUCUAAGCAGACAGACGUAUCGUCCGUGACCUCAGAGCAUAUCUCUGAGCUGAUUGGCUGCCUGCGGGAGAACAUCCGCUCUCCAGACAGAAGGCACCUGACCAAGGGCCUGGUGAAGUUGCGCUCCACACUGCUUGCUACUGCAGUACCCCUCAACAACCUGCAAGCAGUGCUCUUCAGCUUCCAGGACGCGGUAGGUCACUGGAGAUCAGGGUUGUUUGUGUUCAUUAGGGCACGCAACGGAAAACAUUAUCAAACAUCUUGCAACUAAAAAAUGGUGCAUCUUAUUGGACUAGUCCAGGUAGUCCCUCCCUGUUCUUUUUCAUUUGGUACAUAAUGAACAUUACCCAGGAGUUGCAACGCCAGUCCUUGAGGACAGUAGCCCUGCCAGUUUCCAUUUCUCCCUGGCAUGUGAAAGAUGACGUACUGUCAUUGAUUGGCCAUAUAUUUCACACACAUGGUUCCCCAGGUAUGAGAUAGUUAGUGAUCACAAGGCAAGGAUGGAGAAACAGUGGGAAGGGUGGACGUGGGAUUGAACAUUGGGAGUCGUAUGAAAAUUAAAAAAAUAUAAUGUAUGUGUCAAUAGCCAGGAGUUUUACCACUCGACCACAGGCUCUGCAUCACACCCAAUACUGUUGUGCUAACCCGUUCUUCUCACUCCCUCGUGUGUGCAGGUGAAAAAGGUGUUGAGGCAGCAGCAGGUGAAACCUCACUGGAUGUUUGCUCUGGAUAACCUGCUAAGGCAGGCCGUGCAGGACGCCAUCACUGUACUGUUACCAGGUAAGAACCAGCAGAGUCGGGCCCAAUUCUAUCAACUUCUAUCAGUUAAAUUGGACAUGGAAAUUCCUUAUAGAACUACAGUUCAAUUUCAUGAUAUGACUGGAAUUUGGAAUUGAGUCCAUCCCCGCCAUUCAAAAACCUCACUACCUCUGCCUCCCGAGUGGCGCAGCAGCCUAAGGCACUGCAUUGCAGUGCUUGAGGAGUCAUUACAGCCCCGGGUUCGAUCCCAGGCUGUGUCACAGCCAGCCAUGACCGGGAGACCCAUGAGGUGGCGCACAAUUGGCCCAGCGUCGUCCGGGUUAGAGGAGGGUUUGGCUGGCCGGGAUUUCCUUGUCCCAUCGCGCUCUAGUGACUCCUUGUGGCGGUAAGCUGACUUCGGUCGCCAGUUGGACGGAGUUUCCUCCGACACAUUGGUGCGGCUGGCUUUCGGGUCAAGCGAGCAGUGUGUCAAGAAGCAGUGCGGCUUGGCAGGGUCGUGUUUCGGAGGACGCAUGGCUCUCAACCUUCGCCUCACCGAAGUCCGUAGGGGAGUUGCAGCGAUGGGACAAGACUGUAACUACCAAUUGGAUAUCAUGAAAAUUGGGGAGAAAAAGGGGUAAAAGUACAAAAAAUUAUAAUAAUUAAAAAUAAUACUGUAUAUAAGAAUCUCACCACCUCCCAAAUCCCCACACACCACACACACACUCCUGCUCACACACACCUUGAUGACUUUCAGAGCUCAAGCUCCAGCUGCAGUCUUCCUUUGAGAAGGAGGAGAGUAGCCCAGAGAGAGAGCAGCAGCCCAGUGAGCUAGCAGAGACUCUGCCUGCAGUUUUGUCAGAUGACCAGGUGGUGGCGCCAGCUGACACAAAGACCAUAGAGGAGGUUCGAGAAAGCCCUUGCUUGCCCAAUGGCCUCCAGUACAACACUAACUGUCCCCUCAGUCACGAACUGAGAGAUCUACGGCUAGAGACUCGCAGGUUCAGUACCAUUUACUUAGCUGUUUAUAUUACAUUUCCAAAUGCUUUAUUGGUAUGACAAAAAUGCAUUUGUAUUGCCAUUUUAAUCUUUAUUCCACAUUUGAUGUGGGGUUUCAUUUUAUUUCACCUCUAGCAUAAUGGGCUUUAAAAUGGAAAGAAAAGAAGGCAAUUCCUACAGAUUCAGUGAACGAUGCCAGCACACCACCAAGGAUUAGAUUGCAACCAGUUACAAUAUGGGCAGUGAAGUGAUAUGGGUAAAUAGUGAAAUGUACUGUUACUUCAGGCCUGGUCCAUAAUGACUAAGUGUGUGUUUCAGACUGCUGACCCAGCUGAGUGAGAAAGAGAGGGAAUACCAGGAGCUACUGAGGAACUCUGUCCAGAGGAGACAGGAUCAGAUCGACACUACCAGGAAAACAUCAGAACCCACAGGUAAUGUUUUCACCUCCUACUCCCUCCCAAAGCAGUCUGACUGUUGCUAAUGUCUGCACAUUCAUCCUCAGUCCCUGUGACUGUCAGUCUAACACCUUAACCAUUACUGAAAAUCUGCAUUUGAAAUACUCAGAAUGUUCAGCUUAGUAGCAUGAACUGGUGACCAGACCAUACCAACUUGUCUUCUCAUCCUCCUGUAGAUACAGAGUUGUCCCUGCAGAUAAGUUCUAACCCAGAAGUCAAAUCCUUGGUUUUCUGGCUGAAGGCUAUCCCAGUAGAUCAGGACACCAUAGACAAGGUAAGGAACUUCAAAAAUACUUUUGUGAUUUAAUGAUGUGGGAUUGGUUACCAAAAUAUGGGGUGACUAUUGAUUGAUAGGUAACUACGUGAUUGGAAUGAACCAUCUAACUGGUGAAAAGAAUGAGCCUUAUACACGUCAUAAUAAUAUGACAAGUCACAAAAGUCUAUACCACGAAAAAUAUAUACAAAAGUAAUCCAUUAUGACUAAAUUAUCUUUAUAAGGUAGCUCAGUUUCAGUCAGUGUUUGCUAGAGGCUUGUUCUCACUGAUGUUGUGUGAGUAGAAUUCACACUCUGUGCUUUUGUUUCUAGUUACUCUCUCACGAGUUCACCUUGGACUGUCUCCUCACCAUGGCCUGCAGGGAUGACUUGAUGUACUGUGCCAUAAGGUGAACUGCCUCCUCCAAUCAUGUUCACACAUCCUUAAAGCAGAAACAGGAAACAACUGAUCUGCGCUAAUGAGGAAAACCCACUGUUUUCUGUUUGGAUGGUUGUUAUGUUAUUGUACUGUGAAUCGCUGAAAUAAUAUGUGUCAAUGUGUAUACAUGUGGAUGUGACCACUGUUCUGUGCAGUGUGAGGGUGUAUGGAUGUGACACACACACAUGGACAAGGACACACAAACGGUCUGUACUGUAAUGUUUUUUUUUUUACUGUAACUUCCUGUGUCUCCUCCACAGAGGAGGGAUGCUGUGUCGCGUCUGGGCGGCCAUCACAACACGGAGGAAGUCACAGCUCAAAUCUCAGCACAGUACACACUCUGAAGAGAGCGAGGACACCAUUCUCUGA